CACCAACAGUCAGCGACAUAGAGUUGGAUAUAUGACAGGAUGGCGAUCCUCGAAGUAAAAUUUUAAUCCAGUCGUUGUCGUCCCGAACACUAUACGAUUGAAAUAGUUUCCCCAGGACGUGGUUUCAACAUUUGCUGAAACAAAGAGAUCAAUGUCUUUUCUUCGUUGGGUGUCUGAGAAAUUGAGUGUGGAGAGCCUGCGGGAUUUGGAGUUAUUUGGAGAGCAAGCUCAGGGACUCUCUCACAGGGAAGCCCAUGAGGACAGCAGGGAAAGCCUGACGUCCCUUCCACGUCGAGACACCAUGGGAAGCUUCCUCCCCGACAGCAGCGCCUAUCAGUUGCUCGCUGUUAUCGGUCAAGGCCUAGCCCACCUGAUGACGGUCAACCGGGCCCGGUACAGACCCACCGGGGAGCACGUGGCCAUACGUCGUAUCGACCUGGAGUCAUGUACUAACGAGAUGGUCGCCUACCUGCAGGCUGAGCUGCACGUGUCCAAGCUGUUUCACCACUCCAGCAUUUUGCCCUACAAGAGCGUCUUCAUCGCCGAGAACGAGUUGUGGGUCAUCACCCCCUUUAUGGCGUACGGCUCGGCCAGAGAGCUCGUCAGCACGUACUUUCCUGACGGCAUGAGCGAGCUCACCAUCGCUUACAUCCUACUGGGCAUCCUCAAAGCUCUGGAGUACAUCCACCAAAUGGGAUACGUGCACAGGAGUGUGAAGGCUAGUCACGUGCUGAUUGCCGCUGAUGGCCAGGUGCGCAUGUCAGGCCUUCGCAGCAUCUUCAGCCUGAUCCGACACGGCCAGCGGGCCAAGGUGGUGCACGACUUCCCACAGAACAGCAUCAAAGUGCUGCCGUGGCUCAGUCCCGAGGUGCUGCAGCAGAACCUGCAGGGCUACGACUUCCGAUCAGAUGUCUACAGCCUGGGCAUCACAGCGUGUGAGCUAGCUAAUGGGCACGUCCCUUUCAAAGAUAUGCCUGCUACGCAAAUGCUGCUGGAGAAGCUAAACGGGACAGUGCCAUGCUUGCUUGACACCACCACCAUCCCGCCGGAGGAGCUCUCCAUGAGGCCGUCGCGCUCUGGCGCAGACUCUGGCAUUUGUGAAGGGCUUGGAGGAGGCAGCAGUGUUGGUGCGGUCCGCCACACCAACGGCGAACCAGCUUCCUCCUCAUCAGGACACCCGUAUAACCGCACCUUCUCCCCGCACUUUCAUGCCUUUGUCGAGUUGUGUCUUCAGCGAGAUCCAGAGAAGAGACCCUCUGCCUCCGCUCUCAUAGGUCAUCCCUUCUUCAAGCAGAUCAAGCGGCGUCCCUCCGAGGCGCUGCCAGAGCUCCUGCGACCCGCAACACCCAUCGGCAGCGGCGAGAAUUCCCAGCCGCAGCCCUUGCUGUCUGGACUGGCCAGUCUGGAGUCGGGCCUGAGCCACCUGGAAGUGGACGACUGGGAUUUCUGACGUCGGCGGAGAGCGACGAGCCUUGUCCGACUGUGAAUAAAUUGACGUUACUCUUCUCGGAGGUGACGAGCCGGUUGCCGUCUCGGUUCUGUUGACAUCUCUUGUUGUUGUCUUAAAAUGGCCUCCUCUUCCUCUCAGGCUUUGUACACAAGACGCUCUACCUCUCACUCAUUACACACACACACGUUUGCAUGUUCCUUAACUGGCCCCACUGCAUGAAUGUGACGAAUUUGACAAUAAAAGUGAUGUUUCCACUUGAAAAAACUAAAAUACACUUUUAUUCACAAUGUGCACAAAGACAGUAAGGGGCAAAAGUCGGAGACGUCAGUCAUCCUCUUCGUCGGACGGUGGCAAGUUGCUGGCAGCUUUGCGUUUCUCUAUCUUGGCCAGCAAGUCUGAAAGAAACAAACUAUGAGCACAUGGUAGGCCUGAGCAGUUAAAUUAUUUUAUUUUUAGCAACUUCCGUAGUUAAAAACACAUCCCCACUGACGUGCCCUUCUUACAAUAACAUGGCUGAACAGAGAGGAGCUAGUUUACAAAAGCAGUCAAGCGUUGGCGAAUUAGCAACUUUUUCAACCCCUCUAGCGACAAAUAAAAACAAUUUAAAUCAACUACUUCAAUUCCUGCUGAGGGAUGGACCACAUGAGCGGAAUGAUUUUUACAUUGUUUUAUGUAUGACAAGAAAGGAGCCUGGUGGAAGGCAAUUGCAGAUUUAAUUACAGUGAACAUUGCCAAAGACAUGGUGCAUAAAUGGCAAAACCAGUGAUGUAGCCACAUGUUGCAAACUUUUGAGCUGAGGUAUCUUCCAAGCCAAAACUAUUUUGCUGAGGCGGCAAGUUGUUGAACAUUUUCCGUGUUACUUCAUUAAGUAUUGUCUUUACACACAGUGAUGACUUGAGAUACCAGCCGUCAUUUGGCUGAGGAAAAAUUUUACAUGCAAGCGCUGUAGUGGCAGUGAACUCAAUUCACUUCACAACAAGCAGCAGUUUGACAGAUAGUGAACAAUUCCUUAAAAAAAAAAAAAGGUUUCAAGCUGCUAUUUGCAACUCCCAGUUGAACUUUACUGUGAAAUUAAACAUAAUUACAUGUUGUGUAUUUAAAACAACCACAUAACGUUGCCUUAGAGUUUGAUAACCUAAUGCUCACACAUUAGAAAACGCCUUGAAGGGCUAACGGAUAGCAUCAGCGUUUUUAAUCACGCUUUAAGGAAUGCAUAUUUUAACAUAAACGAUGCAGCAACACAUGUAGACAGCUUUUUCUAUCAGCAAAGUGAAAAAAAAAAAUCUAUUUCAAUGCAGCAUCUGGUUUUUGUGUGGGGGAAAAAAAAGAUUAUAUUUUAAGGCCAAAUCUCCCAACCAUAGCAGUUGAUUUUAGCACAGGGAUGCUGAGGGGCUCACCUUUGGCCGGGUUGAAGACGCCAUUGGUCUGAGUGUUGCACACGUAGCAGCGUUUGGACUUCCGGUAGUGCUGAAGGGCGCAGGCCUCGCAGAAGUAAUGGCGACACCUGUGAGGAGGUAGAUGUGAGUGUGCAGUGAUCACACGCUAAAAUAAAGAAAAGGAGCCGCCUACUUUGUGAUUAUGGGAUUCUUGUAGGACUCCCUGCAGAUGAAACACUUGAAGGGCAAGUCCUCCUCGUCGCUGCUUACCUCGUAGUUCUCCUCGUCUAGAGCACAUUGUUGUUGAUUAGGUAAGAUCAACAAUCUGUUUACCCCAUAAGAAAUAAUGUGACAUGAAUGAAUUAAUAAAACUGAAAUAAAAUUAUUUUAAUGAGUUUUUUCUUGUGAAUUUAUCAG